ACAGUCAGUUCAAACUUUUAACGAGCGACGAGCAGCACAGCAUACGGCCGAGUUGAUAUUCCAUAGUAUAAAGUAACCCGAAAUGCAAGCCUGCAAGCUUCUUCUCUGCCUGGUCAUGGGCAUGCACUGCAUCCAAGUGCUUAUGGCCGCCUGCGUGUGCUCCGAGAAGGGAACGGACUUCUGCCAGAGCUGCCAGGGCGCCUCAGUGGUGCGACCGAAGCCCCGAUACUACGAGCCCAGCGAUGUGAACCUGUCGCCAAUCGGUGACAACUGCUGGUGCAGCAAGCAGCUGAUCGAGCCAGCCCAGCUUCCGAAGACAUGCGGCAAAACCACGCCGUGCAAGCCCACCUGCUCGUGUCAGCAAGUCGCCGAUAGCACCUACGCCUCUGACUCCAGCUCCAGCUCAGGGUCUGUAUACGGCAAAAUCCACUAUGCGGCGGAGAAGAAGCAGGACAAUAGUCCCGCGGCGGAUCCCAUCAGCGUGAGUUUAGCCGCCCAGGCUGGCAAGUCCAUCAAUGUACCCGAGGCCAAGUUGGCCUACGGAUUCGCCCAGAAGCCAGUGGAUGGCGAGAAAAAAGUGACUUUCUCAAACGUGCCCGAGGAGAAUCUGUUCAAGCUCAAGAGCGAAGUGAUCACGCUGAAGAAGCGCACCUACGCCAAGCCGCAGGAGGAGGAGGAGGAGUACGCCGAGGAGGAGGAGCAGGAGCAAUCUGCCGACGACGACGAGGAGGCCCCACAGCUUACGUACAAGCAGCUGGGCUACAUCACCGAGCAGUUCAAGAAUCCAAAGUUCAAGCGGAUUACCAGCUCCGGUUACAAGGCCUACAAGGACUAUAAGGACUCGAACGACAGCUACGGCAAGGUUGCCGGCAAGGUGUCCGUGGACUGCGGCUUCAAGCCAGGCAGGAUCACCUCAUAUCGCAAGGCCAAGCGCGAGGACACCGAGGAAGGCUACUACUAAAAUAACUAAUCCCGAUCCCUUUGCUUGUAAAUAUGUAUAUACGCUAAGGAGUGAAUGGACGAUGUCUGUCUAAGUUAGAUCCUAGAGAAUAUAUUUAGAGAAAUACCAA